UGCCCCCCUGGAAUAAGCCUAUAUAUAGAGGGACAAUACUCAUUGUCUGGGGUUGGUGGGCAGAGAAGGUGAAGAACGUCGGCAUGGCCCCCAAAAUGGCACGGCACAAGAAGGAAGGCGGCGGCUCCAACGUGUUCUCCAUGUUCGAUCAGAGCCAGAUUCAGGAAUUCAAAGAGGCAUUCACAAUUAUGGACCAGAACCGAGACGGCUUCAUCGACAAGGCUGACCUGAGGGAUACCUUUGCUGCGCUGGGUCGCAUGAACGUCAAGAAUGAAGAGUUGGAAGAGAUGAUCAAGGAAGCCCCGGGUGCCAUUAACUUCACCGUCUUCCUCACCAUGUUUGGAGAGAAGCUCAAAGGCACGGAUCCAGAAGAGAUCAUUCUGAACGCCUUUCGGGUUUUCGACCGAGAAGGAAAAGGUUACGUGAAAGCCGACUACAUGAAAGAAAUGCUCAUGACGCAGGCGGACCGGUUCACCGAUGAGGAGAUCAAGCAAACGUUUAGCGCUUUCCCACCAGACCCUUCCGGGAACCUCGACUACAAGAAUCUUGUGUAUGUUAUUACCCAUGGAGAGGAGAAGGACUGAGCCGACUUGAGAGCCUCGGUCAAGAGUGAAUCUUCACCCGCUGCAUCUUCAGGGCAUCCGGAUUGCGUCCCUUUAUGAGCCAUGGAGCUGAAACCUGUAAAACGCGCCGCGUGAGAUUAAAACCUGUUAUACAAAA